AACAGCCAAGUCCCGCCAACCUUUGCGUCCCUCGUCACCACCCUCGCCCUCGGACUCCCUCGCUGUCGAAAUGGCCACCGCAGAGCUCGCCGCCACCUACGCCGCCCUCAUCCUCGCCGACGAUGGCGUUGAAAUCACCUCCGAUAAAAUCCUCGCCUUGACGAACGGUGCGAACGUCGAGCUCGAGCCGAUAUGGGCAUCGCUCCUCGCGAAGGCGCUGGAGGGCAAGAACGUCAAGGACUUGCUAUUGAACGUCGGCUCCGGCGGCGGUGCGCCCGCAUCCGGCGCUGCCCCGGCCGCUGCUGGUGGCGCUGCCGCCGCGGAGGCACCGAAGGAGGAGGAGAAGAAGGAGGAAGAGAAGGAGGAGUCUGACGACGACAUGGGCUUCGGUCUCUUCGACUAAGCGUCCCGUCCUCCCUUUCCUAUCUAUGCCCUUCAUGUGCUCCCUUUUGCCACUACCCAUAUGUGCAUAUGCUGUCGUGUAACACUGCAAAAGACCUUAAAAACGGCAGCCCUGG